CCGCUUCCCAUUGGGCCCGCUAGCAUGAUGACAUUCCGGACAGUGCGUGUGCCACCAAAAUGUCUCGGGUUCCUGUGAAUGAACACAUAGUUCUUCAUAGCAUGGAGCUUUCUCCCAUCUAGAACCAACCACGACGCUCGCGUGCAAUGUAUACAGGGCCUGUAUUCCAUGAUGGAUCCACCGUGUCAAACAUGCCGAUCCCGCCGCAAAGCAUGUGACAGAAGCAGACCAAAAUGUCAGACCUGCAUCAAGGCCAAUCGUCAAUGUGGCGGAUACUCAUCGCGGCGAAACAAGGUGUUCGUCAACAUCGAUUCACACAGUAUCAAGGCACCCAAGAAACCAAUCAUUGGCAAAGCCAUCACACUAGCGAAGCAGAAUAGAGAGAGCAGCACUCAUGCCUACAGUCACGCUAGUUUUCAUUGCACAUCUCUACACAUUCUUGACUUACCGGCCGUGGAUUUCCAGAGUCACUUCACUACCUUAUGGACGCAGUUCAAUGAGAAAUAUGGCCGGACAUCAGACGUCUGGAGUGCAGGUCUGAUGAAACUCGGCCUUCAAAACCAGGCGCUUGAUCUAGCUCUCAUUUCACUGGCUACGAUGCGGCUGUCGAUAUCUGAGCGUCGAGGCACAUAUCUAGUCUUCAGCCUUUCGGCGUAUAGCGUCAGCCUGCGAAUAUUCCGCCAGCUCUUGCAAGAUUCUAGGCAGAAACGUUACCCUUCAAAUCUUGUCGUCACUUCAUUGAUUUUCACUCUUUUUGAAGGCUCCCAGCAAACGCCUACACGUAUUUAUAAAUCCGGAUGGGCUGGACAUCUCAAGGGGACCCUGGCAUUGAUGCAGGGUCAAUCACCGGAAUCAUUUCAGGAAGAGGGUCUUCUCGCCGCAUUCAAGAGGAUUCGUGAAAUGGCGGUAUGAAUAUACAUUCUCGUCUUCGUGUCUGUUUGCAGGCACUAAUUA